UCUGACACACAAAAUCAAAUUUAUAAUACUGCGUCUACUGCUAUUAAUGAAACUUAUCAAAAACUCUUUGGUAACAAAACCAGUUAUUCAGGUCCAUCAGUUUUGGGUUUUGAUAAUGAUUAUAUUGUAUUUCAAUUGUUGAAAAAUAUUUCUUAUAUUCCAUUUUAUAUUAAUUACAAUAAUAAGAAAAAUUGGUGUGAUAGCACACCUACAAAAGUUUGGAAAAAAAUGAUAUUUCUUCAAGAUCAGGAUAGUUUUUCAUUAUUUGGCCUUAAUAAUCUCAAAGUAAAAUCUGUAUUAGAAAACAAACAUAUUGCAACUAAUUCGCCACCUCAAUGUUUAUUACAAAAUGAGAAAAAAAAAUUACAAAAAAGUAAUAUAAUUCAAUUUCCAGAUACAUUAGCACAUAUUUAUCUAUCUGAUUAUAUAUUUAGUGAGCGUGAAUUUAAUAUAACACCAUUUUCUAAAAAUGAAACUGAGAUCAAAUUUUGGACUUGUGCAAAAGAUCCAUCAAGUAAUAAGAAAACUCUUUUAAAUUUGUAUAAUAUGAGAUUAUUAAAAACUCCAUUGGUAGAUGAAAAUGAAUCAGUAGAUAAAAAUAAAUCUGCAGAUGAAACAAAAUUUUGGAAAAGUUUUAAUCAAGCCUUAACAAGAAAUAUACAUGGUAAUAAUGAAAUGCAACGUAUUUUAUCUAUUAUAGUGGAUGAAAUUG